UGAAGGGCACAUCACUAGCGCCUCUGAAUCGUUGCGAAAAAUAAUCGUUGAAGCGUACUGUCCGUGACUGCGUUGACUAUUUUAUUCGCAAAUCGCAAUUAUUCAAGUAGUUUUACUGUUAUUUCUUAACCAUAACUAAUACGCAAUCGUUAGUUAAAUAAAUGGCAGACAAAAAAGUGACGCCGCCGCUGGGCGCGUACCCGCAGCCGCAGCCGCCGCAGGGGCCCUUCCUGCCGGCGCCGCCGCAGCACGCCGCGCAGCAAUAUGGAGUGGCAGGAGGCUCUCCGUACGGCAUGACCUUCGGAGGAGCCGGGGCAGGCGCUGGAGGCGCCGUGUACGCCCCGCCCCCGUAUGAUCAGCUCCAACAUCACCAGAUCCCAGCUCUGACCCAGCAGCUACCGCAAAUGUAUAGCCCGGCGGCGGCGAUGUACGCAGCGGCAGCCGGCUACCCCGGCUACAUCGGCUACAGCGGCUACCCCGUGCAAUACUACCCGUACUACCCGAUGCAACCCUCUAUUCAGCCUCUACGUCCGACCAUCAUGAUCCCGCAGAACGGUUUCGAGGCCGGCGGGCGGUUCGAGGGGCUCGCGCAGACGCUGCUGCCCCCCGCGCCGCCCAACGUGCCCCCCUCCCCCGCACAUCUCGCCGCGUUACAACCCCAUCAAGUUCUGUGGCGUUAGUUUGUUCUCGCAGCCGUCGACCGGUGAAACCAAUAUAUCAACAAUAUAGCUCCGUCUCACUCGUAUACUGACACUGCUCAAUCAUCAUCAUCAGUUCAGCAACACUUAGAAAAAAGAAGAACUGGUAAACAUUUUUCAUUGAUAGUUAUUCGUGACGAUCACAAAACAUGUACGAACAUGUACAGACAACAACAGAAAAGAAGAAAUCAUCAAGUGUGCAUCACGAAAGUGUGCGUUGUCAGUUUGUAUUUUGUAGUCGUGUCAAUAUCUAAUAUUAUUUCACCUAAUUUCUUUGCAAUAGAUAACGAAAUUCAAUAUUUAUGGUAUGAUACUCCCAGAUAAAUAUCAUUCAGAUGAAGAGACACUUUCAAAUAUCGCCGCUAUACUUACUCAACCUCGUAUCUGCAACACUCAUUUGAUGACAAAAACCGUAUUCCGAAUGAAAGUUAGAUUCCUAUUAUUGUUAGAAUUUGAUUAUUGUGCUUAUAAUUUUGUUUUUGACGAUGCAAAAUGCUGAUUCAGCCAACAAGUAGGUAUGUAUAAUUUUUAUGUAACUACCAUUAGGUAAUCGCACUUUAUGCGCAUGCGUGCUUUAGAAAUAGUAUUAAUUUCGUGUAAGAUAAAAUGUAGAUUUUUGACGAUGCAAAAGCGAUCCAACAGAUCCUACUUGAAUAAAUUGAUUUUUAUCUUUAUCUUAUCUUUAAAGAAAAGCGAUAUUUCCAUCAAAUGAUUGUUGCAGAUAUGAGGGGUUAGUAUAGCAACGAUAUGUGUCCAAAGAAUUAGGCGUUUAAAAUGGCCAUGAUAUUGACAUAAUCUGCCGUAUAGAAGUCAAUUUGAGAUCUGUCACUUUACUAAUUUUAAUAGACUUAAGAGGAUAGGGGACGAUCGAUUCUCAAACGUAGUCCUCAUUUUUCUCCCUGGAUAUUGACAUUAUGGUUUUUUUUCUACACAAUGUGAUGUAUUUGAAUCAUAUAGUUGGUCAAGCAAAUCUUGUCAGUAAAUAAGAACAAAAAAAACUACACAUCCCCUUCUUCUGAAUGCCAGCAACUCCGUCUACGCCCGAAAUGAGACAGUCCCUUGACAAACUAUAGCUAUGCCCGUUUUUUUUCGGUUUUUACUUUAUUAUAAGAGUUAGGGGCUUUUAAAUAUUUGUAUGAAACCUGUUUUUCGCUCUUAACUUUUAUAAUAAUUAAACAAAUCUAACGGUCGGGCAUAGCUAUAAUUAAAAUACAUCAAACUGUGUAAAAAAAUCAAUAAUGAAAAUCCAGAGAGGAAAAUGGGGAAUACAUUUGUAUGGAAAACCGGUUUUGAGGCGGUAGUCCCCUUUCGUCUUAAAAAUCUAAGAUUUUUGACCCUAGGCGAUGUUUGAGUCUUUACGCGGGCCAAUAUUAGGACUUGCGGGUCAAGUUCGAAAUGUCUUGGUCUACUUAAACCUAAAACGUUAGUUUUUGUCUUAAAUUUCAUUAAGGGUCCCCGGCAAGCUCAGCCGAAUUGUACCUUCCCAUACAAACGGAAUUCCGCUCUCAUUUUAAAACUACGUGUUGGAUUGUAAUUAAACUUUGCACAUACAAUGACAUGAGGUAUAUCUAGGUCUGAAAUUAGUUUAUAUAGCUCCAGUUUAUAAAACAAACGAAAAAGAGAAAAAACAAGUUUUGUAUGGUAUACUUAAAUUCGCUGUUUUUUUUAAACUAUGGUAUCUGAAGCUACAUAAACUAAUUACAGACAGAUAUACCUUAUCCUAUUGUAAGUACAAAGUUUCAGAACAAUCUAGCUAGUCGUUUUAAAAUGAGAGUGGACUACGUUUGUAUGGAGAACCGAGCUUGCCGGAGACCCUUAAAUGAUGUCAAUAGAAAUUGUUAUGACUGCAGCAAUCUCUAAAACGAAUGUCUAGUACGGAUUCCGUUUCUAAUGUUAGCAAAGCGGUGGUAGUAUAAAAACUUAAAAAUUCCUCUUAUGAGGAAAAUCAGUAUAUUUCACUAGAAUACUAAGGUGAGGUAUACGAGUGAUAUUUGACGAAAAGCAAUUAAAAUGAGAUAUUUUCUUAAGCAAAGACCUCGAAGAUAUCAGUAAGAAUAAUUUAAAUGUAAAGUCAGCCGCUAGAAAUGAGAAAAGUUAAAUAAAGUGUCGGCAACAUGCAGAUGGCACCUCUGGAGCAAGCGUUCAUAGGCACGGUGAUCACAUACUUUCCGAAGAGCUUAGUGCUAGUUUUCCAUUGUAGUGGCAUAAUAAGUAACCGGGACUAAAGGGUCAGUAGGGAAUAUUACGCAAUAUUUAUAAUAUAAUCGUUCUCGGGGCCGGAUUUAUAGGUCUGGAGGCCCCGGGGCAACAAAGGAGUGGAUACCCCUGGCCCCUGGUGGGGGCCCGGGAGGCUCAGGCCAGUAGCUCCCUCCCCUAAACCCGGCCCCGGUCGUCCUGUGUGGAGGAAGAGGACAAGGAGAGCCGACCCCAGAUAAUGGGAAAAGGCUUAGGUAGAAGAAGAGAAUAUUACGCAAAACUCUGUGUAGGGGGCGCCACUAGCAUAAACAGUAAACAAACCGCCUUGAUGCAUCAAUGUCAUAUUUAUUCUUAACAAAUAAUACUGAGUAAACUUGUCAAAAAACAGUACCAUCGCCCACACUCUUUAACUGUCCAUAGAUGGACUGUCUUUUUCACCUCAGCAGCUCGAACAAGCCUACUUUCGUCACUCCCUGGAGUGAGGAAAGUGCGACUUUCCUCACUCCAGGGAGUGAAACAAUGUAGCUUUUUAAUUUAGUGAAGGCCAUGAACUUCAUACUUUUAUAACAUUUUUUUUUAUGGUAUGGUACGGUACGGUACGGUACGUUACGGUACGGUAAAAUAAAAUUAACACUCGCAAGAAAAACCAACUUUCCUCUCUUGUUGCACAAAUAACUAUUGUAAUAAAGUCCACUGUUGUACAGAAGUGUUACUGUUUGUAUAUUUAAGUUACUCUAUCACAGUUUGUGCUAGUGCUGCACUCUGGCGGUAGAACAUUGCAGUAAUAUUCCCUAUUAGAAAUCACCUUUAUCGACAAAUAUCUAUGUUGCCUCUGCCUGAAUGCUGCACAUUUUUUUUUUUUUUUUAUUAUAAACUGAUCGGCGAUUGGCCCUAGUCACACCUGAUGGAAGGUGAAGACAGGGCCUAAGAUGGAGCUCACCGGUUCAGUAACAGCCUAUUCACUCUUGGAAGUAAAAAAAAAUCAUGAAUUUUAUUUCUAUGGCUGGCUUUACAACUAUGUAACUAUAUUUAAAAGAUAUAUUUAUAUAUUCGAAAGUCGGUCGGUCGGUGGUCAUCUGUGACGUCCGUGAUAUUUGCCGGCGGUUGACAUUUUGACAGGUCAAAAUUGACAGAAUUUGUAGUCAAAGAUGUUUAUUAUUCAAUUUCAGUGACAAUGUAAAGGUACCAUCAAGCUGGUCUGAUGGCGACCGAAGGUAAUAAAAAUAUUAUUAAAAAUCUAAUUUGAUAAAGUUUGAGCUCGUAGAAUCGUCUCAAUUAAUAGUAGUUGAGUGUUUAAAGAAAAUUACAGUCAGGGAUAUAGCUUGUAAGUAUCCAAAAUGAAAAUUUUGACAAGAAUUAACUGUAUACAAAUCAUUUUUAAAAUCAUCAAAUGAAAUAUUCUAAUCUAAAGGUUUUUAUAUUGUUGUGAAAUGAAUUUGCUCAGAUCGGUUAAAACCGAUUGUAAAAUUUUUAUGUUCCUGGCGUCUAUAGACUAUAGAUGCUUACCAUAAGGCCGUACGCUUGUUUGCUACGUAUGAAGAUAACUGUAGAUCAAAACAAAUUAUUAUAUUUAUUAUAUAUACUAAAAUAUUAUAGAAAUCAAAAUUAUGAACUUAAAAAAAACUGUAUGAAAUGUCAACCGCCGGUAGUCUUAAGACAAAACAAUUCGGUUAUACAGGGUGGAAAAAAAUAAUGGGCCCUGGAGGGAAAGUGCCUUAAAACCUUAAAUUAGCUUUACUCAAAGGAAACAUUCUUUUAUUUUUUUAAAUAAACAGCUUUCUCUCCAGGGCCCAUUAAUUUCUCCCACACUGUAUAUUUGUCUGUGAUGCCUUUCGCUAUGUCAUAGUGUUUGCUGAAACGUCAACGCACAUGUGACACGCUCAUAAUGUGGAACUAUGAACUUUGAAAUGAAAGUCGGAGCAACAAUGGAAAGUUUAAAUAAUUUGAAAUCCUGAUUGAUGUAUUUGUUAAAACAACGAGUGAAUUUGAUGAAAUAAUAUAGUGUACGCAAAAAAUAACUAAAUUAAAUUAUUUUCAAAAUUGGUUCGCUGGGGUAAGAUAUGAGGAUAUCACGUAUCAUUUGUGGUAUAUCGUACAAAAAAUAAAUUGGCCAUAUCGUGUCUGGAGAAGCCAAAACCUGGUAUGUUUUGAAAAUUAUUUAUGUUUUAAUAAAAAAAUGGCUGAAAUAUGUGGUAUAUUUUUAGAAUCGCCUCAAAAAACCCACAUAUUACCACACACGAUAGGUUUAAAAAAAAAAAAAAAAAAUACUCAGCACCCCUCCUAAGGGAUUUUUUUUAAGAACUGCGUGUCAAAAAUGUUUUGACCUCUAGUAUGCGUGUGCCAAAUGGCUAAACUGUACAUCGAUUUGCCGUUUUUCUUUGAAAUUGGGCUCGUACGGCUUCCGCUAAUUGAUCAAAAUGAAAUCUAGUUAAUCUAGAAGGAUCUAUAAGUGAACACUAUGACAUAGUGAUCAAGUGUGCCGUUAGGCGAUUCUAGUAUUACUGGGACUAUAGUCAGGGCGCUGUCGUGUCAACUUUAGGUACAGUACAGUACAACGACACCAGAGAAGUUAAUUGAGAGCACAGAAUCUCCAGUUUAAGUAACGCGGGUCACGAUUUGUUACGAUGUUGUUUUGACUUGUUAGAUCAUUUUCACAAAAGCAUUUUUUCUGAGUAGCGAAAAAAAUAAACAUUUUAAUACGCUACAUGAAAAAAGACGAAUAAAGAAAUUUGCGAUCGUGAAAAACCGCAGUGAGAAAAAUCGCUACUCAGAAAAAAUGAGUUUGUGAAAAUUAUCUAACAAAUCGUUGUUUUUCAUAAUGAAAGUGUUAAUUUAUGUCUAGAUCGUGACUAGUGUUAUUUUUUUUUAAGGAAUGCCAAUACUACGUUGAUGCUAUUUUUGUAGAUGGCGCUAUUUAUUGUGUAUUUUAACUUUGUGUGUAUGAUAUCUGUCUUUUAACUGAUAAUUACAAAUAUUGUCUUCGGUUACCGCGAUAGUUACUCAUGAAAUAAAACUAUGAAAACGGAUUAUAUCGCGUAUAUUGAAUCUGGCAGUCACCCGUUGACCACGAACGCUGUAAAGAGUUCGAAACGUCGGGAUGUAUUAUAAAUUCAAUAUCCGCGAUAUAAUCCGUUUUCAUAGUUUUAUUUCAUGAUAAUUACAACUUGAAAACGUAAGUUCUGAACUAGUUUAACACUGUAACAGGCACAAAACUAAAUUGAAAGCAUAAUAAAAUAUUGGAAAAAGCGCCAAAGGAAAGACGGAAUAAAAUAAAUAAAUUUCUUGCCAUUGUAUAAACCAAAAUUAAUAUUAGAUUUAGUUUAGAAAACUGUCAAGAAAUCUCAAAUAUUCAUAGUUAUAAUCCAGUGAAAAAACUACAAUAGUUAAUUGUAUUUCCAAAAGUAAAAAUUCGCCUGAUUUUGACAGCUGUCAAUAACGUUGACAGAUGUCAAAGAAGUUGACACAGACAGCGCGUGUAGGUAUAUAAUUGAAAGUAAAAUAAUACGGUUGUGCGUGACGUGAGUGAAAGAGAGAGAGAGAAUGGUAAUUUGUUCUGGUUUGUUGAAUUUGACAACUGUCAAGAAUGUUGUGUAAAAAAACGUGUUUCUUGUUAUUGUGAACUUAAACGCAAAUUUACAAGAAUUAAGUAAAAAAGAAAGGUUUAGAAAUAACAAAGUAAAAUCUUGAAAUGAAAUGAUUUUAAGUGUUAGUUUUUGUCUAAAUAAUGAGACGCAUGUUUUUACAUACAUUAUGUACAGUUGAGGACUGUCGUUUCAAAAGGGCUUAUUUUUGUAUGGUGUUUAUAGAGAAAUAAGCCCUUUUGAAAAGACUCCUCAGUUGUCAUUUACGGAUAUUAUUGUAUGAAGUGUAACUUUGGAUGAAAUCGCGUCUGACUGUACUUGGGUCUUGAAAGCAAUUUAAACGAGUUUUUGUUUAAAUUGGUUGUUUCGCGUUUUUGCCACAAGUGGUCCAAUCAAAAGUUCAUGUGCUAUUUUGGAAAAACUUAUUAUUUACUAUCAGCAACGAGUAUGUGACACCUCUGAAGUUGCUCACGUCUGUAAGUUGUCGGUAUUGCUUUACAGGCACCUUAUGCUCAUUUGCCACAAUCGAGGAAUAAAAAUAUUUUUCCUUUAUAAAAAAAAUAGUGGACAAUUUUACACAAAUUAACCUUGUCCCACAGCGAGCUGUGCAAGUGUUAUUUUAAACGUCAUGAUUUCAUAGAAGUUAGACGUUUAAAUUAACACUUUCACAGUCUGUGCUGUCAGAAUCGCUGCCGAGUUAGCUUGGUCGGACUCUAAAUACUAAUACCUAGUUGGUUUAUAAAAACCGAACGUCUUUUUGAUUGGACUACGUUGACCGGGCUACGAGCGCGUGAAUGAAUCUCGAUUAAGGGGCCUUUAUGUUUACGUUUAAGUCACACGGGUCUAUUAUUGACAUAAUAAAACAAAUGCAAUGAAUUUGUGGUCUAUUGGGAAUAGGUCACUGAACGCCAUUGACAUUUACGAGUAUAAUGGUCUGUAGCUCAACAUUUGAAGCCACUAUAGUUGUCAAAAAGAAUCUAAUUUCUAGAGAGACGGUAUAAUUUCUAUAAUAUUGAGUACAGGGUGCGUAGCCAAGAGACAAUUGUCACUGUCGCACUAAUAUUAAAGAGUGAUAGAGAGACAAAGCGUUUCGUUGUCGUAGCGCAAGAGAUCGUCACCUUGGCUAGGCACCCGGGCGUCGAAUUAUAUUGUAAAUACUGUACUUCCGGACAGUACGACAUUUCCAUAAGGCGAAUCACACAUUGACGCCGAAUCUGCGGCAAGCGGAGCAACAGAUCUUAAGGGGCCCACAGACUAUCAGUCCGCCGGACGAUA